AAACAAAGCAAUAGGCUUUGGUAUAGAAACUCCAUUCUAAAGAUAAAAACAUCAUUUGAGGAAGCUGGUGGGAAGAAGUGAAAAAUUUCCCCCGGAGUAUCAUUUUACACAACAGAAAGCUCAGGUUAGGGGGGAAAAGGAAGGCAGACAGUUGAGGUCACUCUGCCUAUCUGUCUGUCUAAUCCAGUGGUUCUCAGCCUAUGAGUCCCCAGGUGUUUUGGCCUACAAUUCUCAGAUAUCCCAGCCAGUUUACCAGCUGUUAGGAUUUCUGGGAGUUGAAGGCCAAAACAUCUGGGGACCCACAGGUUGAGAACCACUUGUCUAAUCAAUCUAUCAUCUAUUGCCCCAUCUAUACAGCUAUUAAUGACAUAGGGUCCUGUCUUCUUGUGUAGUCAGUAUCUUUGCCAUGACAGUAUAACUACACAACGCCUACUUUUUACCAAUUAUUACAGUCUGGUUCCUAGUUUAAAGAUCAACAGUGUUUUAAAUGGGUACUACAAAAUUACCUUUUACAGUUAAUGGGAAACCCACAUACAGGAGAAGCAGAAAUAUGGAUCUGUGAGUGUCUCACUGACUCUCAGUGUGUCCCUGUAAUGUGACACUAAUACAGGUCUCUUGCAGAGCCAAGUCAAAUAAUAUUGAGCCUCGCCUAUUUUUAUCUUCUGGCUUUCUCUCCAUCCACAUGAGACUCUGACAUCAGCAGCUGACUUGGGAGGCAUUGGCUUUCUGUUGUUUUAGUCCCUUCCCAAGCUGUAACUCUGUUCUCCUCCCACCUGGUUUUCCAAAGCUGUAAGAAUCCCAAGGAAAUGAAAACUUUAGAAGAAAAGAAGGAACACAGAAAUGAAGGCUUCUUGUUCUGAGAGCUCUUGGCUGUAGAGAUCAAAACUUUUUGAAACAUAAACAAACCCAGAGGAAGAUCCUAAUAUUUGCAACACAAUGGAUUACAUGGCUGAGGGCAAAAGAAAGCAACAGCAUAGCUUGAAUUUACUGAAUCAAAUCAAAAACAUGAAGGAGUUAACAGAAAUGAUUGAUGUGGUCUUGGUGGCUGAAGAUGAAAAGUUCCCUUGCCAUAAACUGAUGCUGGCUGCUUUCAGCCCCUAUUUUAAAGCAAUGUUUACCUGUGGCUUGAUUGAAUGCACACAGAGAGAAGUGGCCCUCCAUGACAUGUCAGCAGAAAGUGUGUCCGUACUUCUACACUACAUGUACACGGCUGAGCUCCUCCUAAGUAAUAGCAAUGUGCAGAGUGUGGCCAUUACUGCUUUUUUCAUGCAGAUGGAAAGUGUUUUCCAGUUAUGCCAGACAUACAUGAUGAACCACAUGGACACUUCAAACUGUGUAGGGAUUUAUUACUUUGCAAAGCACAUAGGGGCUGAAGAGUUGUCCGAUCAAGCCAGGAAGUACUUGUACCAGCACUUUGCAGAAGUGAGCUUGCAGGAUGAAAUAUUAGAGAUUGAGGCCCAGCAAUUGCUAAGCCUGAUCCGAUCAGAUGAUCUGAAUGUUUCUAGAGAAGAUAAUAUUUUGGACUUAGUCCUCCGAUGGGUUAACCAUAGCAGGAGGUUGCGUGGGGAUCACCUCCUGGAGCUCCUGAAGCAAGUAAGACUGACACUUGUCAGCCCCUCCUUCCUGGUGGAAGCUCGAAAAAGGAACACAGUGCUUCUGAGUAAUUCACAAUGCACUGAGAUGAUUGAUGGAGCAUUAGAAAUGAUCAAGAAGUCCAACCUACCUAAUCUCAGCCUGCGCUAUGGCAUGGAGACCACAACUCUUCUGCUUUGUAUUGGCAACAAUUCACAAGGCAUCAGAUCAAGGCAUGGUAGCUAUGCUGAUGCCAGCUUCUGCUAUGCUCCUGCUACACAUAAGACCUACUUCAUUUCCUCUCCGAAAUAUGGAGAAGGCCUGGGAUGUGUAUGCACCGGUGUGGUUAAUGAGAAUAAUGAUAUCAUUCUGGCCGGGGAGGCAACUGCUGCCAAACUGUCUAGACAAAAGACCAGGAAUAUUGAAAUUUAUAGGUACAACGGUCAGGGAAAUCAGUUUUGGCAAAGACUAUGUAGUGGCCAGUUCCGUGAGCUCUAUGCUCUGGGCACCAUCCACAAUGACUUAUAUAUCAUAGGAGGUCAAAUGAAGCUGAAAAACCAGUACCAUAUCACAAACAUCGUGGAGCGAUACUCCAUGGAAGAAGAUAACUGGAGAACUUUGGCUCCUCUCCCUGUGCCGUUAGCCUGCCCAGCUGCAGUUACAGUGAAAAACAGGCUGUACGUAAUGGGAGGCUGGACACCACAGAUGGAUCUUCCUGACGAUGAGCCCGAUCGAUUAAGCAACAAAAUGUUGCAGUAUGACCCAAGCCGUGACAAAUGGACCGAACGCGCUCCGAUGAAGUACUCGAAAUACCGCUUCAGCACAGCUGUAGUCAACAAUGAGAUUUAUGUCCUGGGAGGGAUUGGCUGCGUUGAUCGAGACAGAGGACAGUCACGUCAAUGUCUUGAUGUGGUAGAGAUCUAUAACCCUGAUAGAAAUUUUUGGAGAGAUGGGCCUCCCAUGCCAUGUCCGCUUCUGUCUUUGAGAACAAAUUCUACUUGUGCUGGUGCAGUGGAAGGAAAGCUCUAUAUCUGCGGAGGAUUUCGUGGAGCAGCUCGGCAUGAAAUUAUCAACAAAGAGAUCUUGGAACUGGACACUUGGGAGAAUCAGUGGAACGUGGUGGCCGUCAACGUCCUCAUGCAUGACAGCUAUGACGUCUGCCUGGUGGCUCAGUUGAACCCAAGAGACCGCAUUCCUCCCCCUCCUGAUUUAGUGGAGCAGUAGGUAUGCCAGUUUCCUAGCAGGUUAGAUACAUGCCUGUUACUGGAUAUUAAUGACCCUUGGGCUUCUCUGAGAUGAAUCCACUGCCUGGACUUAUUAUAGUGAAGGUCUGCUGCUGCUAUGCAUCUUUAUAUUAUGUAAAUUCACGUGUGAUCAUUUCUCCUUGUUGAGCAUUAAUAUUUCCAAGGUGCCAAACUGAUGUUUCUUGCUGUUUAGGUACAUCAAAUGAUCUAUAAAAAGGAAACCUUUGGGAUGCAUCUACACUUAGAAUUAAUGCAGUUUGACACUAUCUUAACUACCAUGACUCAAUGCUGUGAAAUCAUAGCAUCUGUAGUUUGAUGAGGCGUAAACACUAUUGGAUCUCAUCACAUUGGCUUCCUAACGUGGGUGACAGUGGGGGAAUUCUCUGGGUACAUGGCAAAUUUUUGGGGCAGUAGGGAAACUGUCGUCCUGCGCCCCAUAUCACCACCUUCCUCAUCACAUGGGGGAAAGAAUCACUCCCUCCCCCCCCCCCCCCGGUGCUGGCCCCACUGAAGGCAAUAAGAACACGAGUAACCACCCAUGUUCUCAGGGCUCUGUCCUAGGAUGCUGCCAGGACAAAGUCCUGCCGGAAUUAGCCCUGCGUCGUGUGAUGGGCACUGGCGGGCUCCAUCCUGGUUCCAUCCUGGAAGUGUCCUAGUAAGGAGCCAGAAGUCCAUGUGAGGAGAUCGUAAAGUACAGGUCCAUGAUUCCAUAGCAUUGAGUCCUAGCAGUUAAAGUAAUGUCAAACUGCAUUAAUUCAACAUGUAGGUGCACCCUUGGAAUGUUAUUAUUUCAGCAUGUCAAUUAUCGUAAAUGGGGCAACAGUUGCUUAUAAAACUAAGAAAUAUCUCUUCCUUGAGAAUUCUUCAUUCUAUGUUCAUUAAUGCUGUGAAACUAUUCAUUUUUAAACAGUGGGUCAAAAUUGAGACAUUGCCUUCAUUUUAUUUAAAAAAUGGCUCAAAUGUCAGCUUGAACGGGUCCUAACAAGAUGAGUUGUUUGUUUCACUGUCAGGUCCCUGUUUUUCUUUGUGUUUUACUUAGCCUUUUCGUGAGUUUAUGUCCACAUUCAUGAUCUUUUCAGACUUUUUGGCUAUCAGAACUUUCAUCUGAAGUCGGUCCUGAUAAUCUUUCGUGCCAAAAAUCCUCUUGACCCAUCCGUCCUUCUGAACCUCUUGACCCACCUUCUAUUCUAUUUUUGAUUUCAGAGUAUAAAGUAGAAAGGUUGUCCCUGCCAUCACCUAGUAUAGUUUGUGUUUGGAAAGAAUAAGUUAUCAGCAAUGAGUAUGCAAAUCUUAGGAAUGAACAGUAGAGUAACGCAGACAAGAAUCAGAAAUCAUAGAAUCAUAGACUUGGAAGAGGCCACAUGAGCCAUCUAGUCCAUGCAGGAAAAACACAAUCAAAGCACCCCCAACAGAUAACCAUCCAGGAAAGGGAAAGUGAAGGUGAAGGUUUAGGGUGAAUAAUCUCAGCUUCUUGUCAGCCAGAUCCACACAGUGGAUGCAAUGCCUAUAUUACUGUGAAUUGAUCCUGUAUACACUGGAACAGAAGUAGAAAAGACUGCCACUACUCCAUUUAUGACUCAUCUGCUUUACCUUGAAAUAUCAAUCAACAUUUCAUUGAAGAUAAAAAGGCAGUAGAAAUUACACUAAAAACUUGCUUGGAACAGAAUUCAAUGCUAAGCCUGAAUCAGUGUGUGUGUGUGUGUGUGUGUGUGUGUGUGUGUGUGUGUGUGUGUGUGUGUGUUUUAGAUAGAAAGAAUGACUCUAGGAAAUAAGUACUGCUGUGAGCCUUGUGACUCAACCUUUUUCUUUGUGUGAGCUUUGUAGGAGGGAUGUAUAUGGCAGUCAAAACACUGAUCUGUAUCAUUUCUGUACAGUCAACACUGGGAGAAAAUGUUAGCAUAUAGUUUGGGUUAAUAGGAAUGAUGAUUCCAGAGAUUAUGCUGAUUGACUCCUCAUUCUGCUGUUCAGCCAUUGGAGGCAUGGGAAUACACUAAACAUAUAUAUUUAUAAAAGUGUACAGGUGAUCAACUACAUUUAGGAACUUUUGCUUCCUAUGUUUCAUAGGAAAUACCUCCUGUAGCUUAACAUCUUCUAAUUUGUCUAAUAAAAGGUACUACCGUA